GUCAUCAGCGGUAGGGAGAGAGCACCGCCACCGCGCUGUCUGGCUGCUCUGUAGAGUCUGAACCUGAGAGUGACUGGGCGGCCCGAGACAGCGUACCCCGGAUUCAGGAAAGAUGGAAUUUAAACGUCAUCCGUGUAGAACCAUGUGUACGUUAUGAAACCAGAGGUUUCCGUUUAGAUACUGCGAAGUGUAGCUGUGCUUCCCCCGCUUUAGGACUCCCAGCUGCUAGCUAGCUUAGCGGUGUUGUGCCGCUGCUCUCCCCGACGCUCAGGUAGGAGAGGCGGCUCCGUGACAAAGGGAGGCGGAGAGGCAGCGAUGAACCGCUUUCGGAAGUGGCUGUACAAGCCCAAGUGGGCACAAGGAGGAGAGAGGACUAUACAGCAAACUGCUGAGCAGCUCUGGCCCACACGGGUGCCGGGUCUAGCAUGGUAUCUCCUGCUCUUCGUGGAUGUCUCCAUUCUGCUAACCCAACAGCCCUGAGAGGACGGACCCCCAGCUCCUGGCCCAGUUCUACUAUGCGGACGAGGAGCUGAACCAGGUGGCCAUGGAGCUGGACAGUCUGGACGGCAGGAAGGACCCGCAGAGAUGCACGCUGCUGGUCAACCAGUUCCGGUCCUGCCAGGACAACGUGUUGAACAUCAUCAACCAGAUCAUGGAUGAGUGUAUCCCCAACGACCGGGCCAACCGGGACUUCAGCGUCAAGUUCCCGGAGGAGAUUCGCCAUGACAACCUGGCGGGGCAGCUGUGGUUUGGGGCCGAGUGCCUGGCCGCGGGCUCCAUCAUCAUGAACCGGGAGAUCGAGAGCAUGGCCAUGAGGCCCCUGGCCAAGGACCUGACCCGGAGCCUGGAGGAGGUGCGCAGCAUCACCAGGGACCAGGCCCUGCGGGACCUCAACCUCUACACGGACCGCAUGAGGGACGCGCUCCGCCACUUUGACAGCCUCUUCGCUGAGUUUGAACUCAGCUACGUGUCCGCCAUGGUGCCUGUCAAGUCCCCCAGGGAGUACGACGUCCAGCAGGAGGUCAUCGUGCUCUUCUGUGAGACGGUGGAGAGGGCGCUGAAGCUGGGCUAUCUCACGCAAGACAUGAUCGACGACUACGAGCCCGCACUUAUGUUUACAAUCCCCCGACUGGCCAUCGUGUGCGGUCUGGUCGUCUACUCCGAAGGCCCGCUCAACCUCGAACGCAAAUCAGAAGACAUGUCUGAGCUCUUCCGUCCCUUCCGCACUUUAAUGAAGAAAAUCAGAGAUCUGCUCCAGACCCUCUCCGAGGAAGAGCUGCUCACCCUGGAGAAGAACCUGUGCAUCUCUCAGGACGGGGAGAACUCCCCGGACCAGGCCCCCGCGCCCUGCAUCGCGCCCGCGCCCGCCCCCGCCCCCGAGCGCCGCUCCUCCUGCAGCCCCGAGGGAGACGCCGUCAGCGGGGAGCCGGAGGCGGAGGGGCUGCUGCGGCAGCUGGCCCCGCCGGGCCCCAGCAGCCAGGGGGAGGAGGAGGUGAAGGGGGUGGCGCCAGCGGCGGUGGAGAAGGGCUGGGCGGAGGCGGAGACGGAGCCGGAGGUGCACCGCGGGGGGGAGGCGGCGUGCGAGGAGGCGGAGGAGGCGGAGCUGGCCUGCUCCAUGCAGUACGACGAGGAGGAGCUGGAGCAGCUCAACAUGAUGGUGCACCGCGUGGGGGACGAGAUGUCCACCCUGCUGUCGCCCCCCAGCCAGGGCAACUCCCCCGCCCACCUGCCCCGCCCCGCCGAGGCCGGGGGCUCCAGCGGGGCGUCCAGCACGGACAACUCCCCGCGCCGGCUCCCCGGGGGCCGCCUGCGGACGGGCCCCUACGUGGAGGACGAGGACCGGGUGUUCUUCAUGGAGGACCUGGACGCGGCCGGCGAGAGCAUGGCCGGCGUGUCCAAGGACCCCCGGGGCCGCCUGGCCUCGCCCGCCAGAGCCGCAGAGCCCGGCGGCCCCGUGCAGCGCAAAGCCCCGCCCCGGCCGCACCCGGCCCGGAACGGCUGGCCCUCCCCCGGGGCCCCGUCGGAGGAGGCGUGCCUUCGGAGGAGCCCCCGCGGCCCCGGCCCCAAGCGGUCGCCAUGCACCACGGCCCCGGGCUCGGAGCCCCUGCCUUACACCAACGGCUGGGAGGUGGCGCUGGAGGGCUCCGCCCCCGAGACCGCCGAGGCCAUCGCCAGCCGCAUGGGCGGCAUGAAGCUGUCGGCCACGGUCAUCUUCAACCCCCGCUCGCCCAGCCUCACGGAGCUGGCCGCCGACAAGCUGCUGCUGCCCCGCGGGCCCGAGGCAGAGGCCUGCGGGCCCCUGGUGGCCUCGCACUGCCUGCUCAACUCCUGCGUGUGCUGCGGCGGCUGUGACGACGGCGGCCACGACGACGCCUCCGCCCAGAGCGGGGGCUUCGGCCUCGGCCUGGCCCUGGGACUGGACCGACGCCGUAAGCCCCCAGCCCCCGCCACCGUCAUCCAGGCGUCGGCGUGUCGCCUGGGCCCCCCCGGCCCCGAGCCCUCCGGCAAGGAGGAGACCGUUGGGCCGACGCCUCCGUCCUCCCGCCGCUGCUCCCCCCCCGCCCUGCCAGAGGGGGAGGAGGGGGACAGGGCCCUGCUGUGUGACAGCUGCCUGGCAGCAGCGGCCGGGGGGCCGAGGCCCCAGACUCAUGACGGCAGCACCAGCAGGGCCUCCCCCUGCCCACACCAGAGGACUGGGAGGACGCAGCAGGCCGGCGGGGGGCAGGAGAGGGAGAGGGGGCGGCUGGGGAGCAAGGACUCUGAGCGCAGCGCCAAGGAGGAGAGGAAAAAGAGUGGCAGUUUGCAGAACUCUCCACUCAGCUCUGUGUCAAGUAGUGACUGUGAAAGUGUGUCUGUCACCACAUGUAGUCUUUCAAGCAGUGCAUCCGCUCCCAGCCCCAUCAGCAGUAUGACCACCAGCUCCGGAAUGUCCGAAGACUUUGACCAUCAGGAGAUCCAGCUGGCACUGCAGGCUGCCAAGAUGGCUGCCAGGACCAAGAUCCGAUCCCGCUUCCACAGCAGCAGUGACCUCAUCCACCGCCUCUUUGUUUGCAUAUCUGGUGUGGCCGACCAGCUGCAGACGAACUACGCCAGCGACCUGCGCAGCAUCCUGAAGACACUGUUCGAAGUCAUGGCAACCAAGUCGGAGCUGGGAGACAACGAUAAGGAGAAGAAAGUCCCUGGUCUCCGCAGUGCCGUGCUGGAGGACUGCGCCCUCUGUCAGGAGACCAUCACCUCCUCGGAGCUCGCUGCCAAGGCCCGCGACGGACACUUCGAGGACCCUCCAGACUGGGUCCCAGACGAGGCCUGCAACUCCUGCAUCACCUGCAAGGCCCCGUUCACCGUCAUCCGCAGGAAGCACCACUGCCGGAGCUGCGGGAAGAUCUUCUGCUCCCGUUGCUCCGCCCAUUCCGCCCCUCUGCCGCGUUACGGCCAGGUGAAGCCGGUCAGGGUCUGCACACACUGCUACAUCUUCCACGUCACCCCCUUCUACAGCGACAAGACCGCCGUCUGAGGGACCACAGACACACACGCACACCUACACACAUACACCUACACACCUCCCUAGCCUAAACGCAAGCAUAUGCAAGGGUUUAAGCCCCGCCCCCCUCCUGCCCCCGGCUGUGUACAAAGCGAACGCCCCCGCACCACCCUGAUGGCCCCUCGCAGGCCCUGCGCUCGGCCCGGGAAGAUGCCCCCCAUGGAGGAGACAUAGAGAGAGAGAGAGAGAGAGGGAGGCGGGACUUCCAGGCACGCAGGAUGUGACUUGUUUGUUAUUGUAUAUUUGGUGAUGCUGCUUCCUGAAAGAAAACCAAAGGGAUCCUCAUCCACCACUCAACCCCUCCUCCCCCCCCCUCCCCUCCAACCCCAACUCACCCCCUCGGGCCACCACUCACCCCUCCUCCCCAGAUGGUCCUCCAUGGGGCGGUGUAAAGACAAAGGGGGAGAGAACUAACAGGCAAUAAUAUCAGCUUUUGUACGCGUUCUGCAGCUGGCGAGACACGCCGCCAACAGAGCCCCUGCUUUGGUUGCUUUUGGCGAUAACCAAAGGCCUUGUGACACUUUUCUUAUGCUUCAGCGGGCUUCCCACGUUUGUGCCAGAGCUCACCACGAGACUCGGAUAACUCAAAAGAAUGUAAAUCAUGAAAACAUGUAAAUAAAGGUUCACCCUGUCAAUAACAACACUGUCAUCACUCAAUGCCCCCCGCUGGGCCCCUGAGGUCAUCCCCACCGCGCUGGUCCAAGGGCAAUGAAACCGGAUUUUAUAUAUUAACAAAACACCCUUUCUGCUUCUACUGGCAAUGAAUGUUUAAAACUGUAUAGGAUUGUCAAAAGGUUCUUGAUCAGUGGACAGUUAUUGGAAGAUAAGCUAAUGGUUGUGGGCUGUGCCCAGUGAUUUGACAGUUGCACCAUGUCGUGUGUGUUUGCAGUUCAUUUAUUUGUUCUGCCGACUCCAUUGCAAAGUGAGAUUGAUUCAAGCGAUCGGUCAUCACUGUCGUCCCCGGAUGGCCCCCCUAGUGGAGGGAUGAACUCUGUUCACUGAACAGCGCCCUCGUGUGGACUGUAUACGAGGAAUCAGUGGCCUUCUCGGGUGCCUGUCUUGAUGACGUCACAGGCUCGCUGUUACCUUUUCUUUCUCUCGAUUCUUAACGUGCAAUAUUACGCUAAUAAAUGACGCAGACAAACCGGUGUUAUAUAGAUUGUACUUUUUUUUAUUAAGCCAUUAUUUGUUUACACAUUUCAUGUUUUCAUUUGUUUGCUCCAUGAUACGGUCAUUUGUAGAUAAUAAUUAUGAUUUACCUAACUACCUUAUUAAUAACUGAAUAUGUUUCCAUUAUCAUGGUAAUAUUAUUAUACUGUUUGUCCUGCGGACGGAGCUUAAUAUGGCAAUUCGCAAAUAGGAUUUACAAGCUAUUACAAUAUUUCCAUUGUGCUCUGAUUAAGAAAUUCCUCAGGCAUAACUUUGUCCCUAUUCUAUUCCAAUUGUUUAAUUUAAAUCGUUAAUAAAUAAUGAACAUUGUU